AAUUACCACCGACCUGCUUAAGUCCCUUCCUCUUUCUCGCACUACACUCGCUCUGCAAAAACCAUGGAUCAUCAUAACCAGCUUUUCUCUCUUCGUCUCUAAAACAUUUUCUUCCGAUUCUCUCUCUCUCUCUCUAGAAACCUAAUCAUCCCAGCGAGACCAACGCUUUGUUUGGAUUUUCGCUAAAUCUCUUUAUUCUCUCUCUGUGGAUCAUUUUUUUUCCUUAUAUAAUAAUAAAAAUGGUUAGAGAGUCGAACGAAACAGGAGAUCUGUGGAAGAAUAGGGCUUGGUCUCUGCAACUUCGUCUCAGAGACCGUUUCAGAGUCGCUGUCGACAAGCACCGUCGCCGGCGGAGGUUUUCCGAUGGCUAUUUCUCGUCGACAAUGCAACGCUGGCUUCAACGCUUUCGCAGUCUUCGCGGAGACUCUUUGCCUUCUACCUCCGCUUUCUAUCGCAAGAGAGUUGGUAAAGGCAUUGAUGCAGAAGAAGAUUCUGUUAUCACUCACAUGCUUCAAGCUCUAGCUGUUCCUGUCAUUGGAAAUGUAUGUCAUGUUUUUAUGCAUGGCCUCAAUCGUGUCCAGAUAUAUGGUGCAGAAAACCUUCAUCAGGCAUUGCUAAAUAGACCAGAGAAGCAACCUCUUAUUACGGUGAGCAAUCAUGUUGCUUCAGUGGAUGAUCCAUUGGUUAUUGCUUCACUGCUUCCACCAAGCACACUAUUGGAUGCCCACAGAUUGAGGUGGACACUUUGUGCAACUGAUAGAUGUUUCCGUAAUCCAGUGACAUCUGCUUUCUUUAGGUGUGUCAAAGUUUUGCCAGUUUCCCGUGGUGAUGGGAUUUAUCAGAAGGGAAUGGACAUAGCUAUCUCAAAAUUGAACCAUGGCGAUUGGGUUCACAUAUUCCCAGAGGGUAGUCGGUCUCGAGAUGGUGGAAGUACCAUGGGGUCUGCCAAGAGAGGCGUUGGGAGGUUGGUCCUGGAUGCAGACAAUAUCCCCUUGGUUGUCCCAUUUGUUCAUAUUGGGAUGCAAGAUAUCAUGCCUAUGGGAGCCAAGUUUCCACGGAUUGGCAAGAUGGUGACUGUUCUUAUUGGUCAUCCCAUCUACUUUGAUGAUUUACUCAUGGAAGAAAACUACAAUGAAACAAGAGAAAACCUAUAUGAUGCUGUAUCUUCAAGGAUUGGCAAUCAGUUACAGGAAUUGAAGGUCCAAGUAGAAAGACUAGCUCUUGAGCAAUCACUACAAUCACAAAACUAUCCCUGGCGUUGCACAGAACGAGCAGCGAGAAUUUUGCAGCAAAUUGAUUGGGAAUCACUUGGUAUGGAAAGUUACAUAAAUCCUAAAGAUGAUUCCUUAACAUCAUUGGAAAAUUCCCGGGCUGAACCAAGGACAAAUAGAGGCCAUCCAGAAGAGCCCAAUUCACCUGAUCGAUGCUUCAGAGUGGGCUUCUCUUAUGAAGGUGGAAUUGUAUCAAGGAUCCGAGGUUAUAUGGAUCCAACUGAGCUAAUGGGUUUUGCUGCUAGAGGCUUAUUUAUGAAUAGUAGAUUAAAGGAGAAUCUGACCAGUGACCAAAGGGUCAGCCCGCUGAAUGCGGUGAAGAAUUUUUGGAGGCUAGUCCACGACAACAGUGGAAUUCGUGCCAACACUAGUCUGCUACGGGCUUCGUAAUUUAAAAUUUAAAGUUUUGAUUAACAUUAUAUGUGAAGCAUAUAACUUAGAUUAGGGUAGGCAUCAAACCUUCAGAUGAUAUGUGAUAGUACUUUGUGUUUGAAGGCAGACUGGUCACAACAAGAUAUGUUUGUUGGACUUGGUUACAAAAUUUUCUCAAUAGAAAGCGACUCCCUUACUGAUGUC